GAACGCGCAGCUCUCCGGUACCACGACGUCGUUGCUGCAGCCGAUUUUGUUCGACGCAGACGCGGUCUCGAAGAAAACCGCCACAGCCCCGGAUGCGACGCUGUUUCCGGAGACGCCCAACGAGUACGCGCCCGAUAAGGACGUGGUGACCUGGAAAAAUAACGGUUCAUUUAGUGGCGGAGCACCAGGGGUAGAAGAGCAAAAGUUUGUGAGCACCAACAAGUUCUGGGCAAACUGGCUGCCUGCGGAUCUCACAUAUGCAUUGCAAAAGUAUCGUACUCGUAUAAAUGCAUAUACAAAUUUCCUCAGCAUGAGAAGUAAAAUUUGUAAUGCGGACUAACCCGCAGAAAAAGAUUUGCAUGAUUGCAAUACGAGUGCGAUGCUUUUGCGCCGGAUAUCACAACAGAGCCGCCAAAAACAGAUCCGCCGACCCCUCCGCAGACGAUCUCGAAAUGGGCGAACCGGGACAAAAAGGAGACAUUCGGGAUUUUCACUGGCACCUUCACGUUCGCCUUUCUCUCCGGCACGCUGGCCGUCGGGGACGACGCCGGGAUCGAGACCAUCUACCCGGCGGGGCCCCGACCGGACGGAACCGAGGAUUUUUGGCCCUCUUGGGGACACCGAACCCCGUACGGACAACCCCGGCAGGCGCUCGAGCCGACCUACGACCCCGUGCACGCGCACAACGUCGUAGCGCACUGGGACAGCCUGACCUUCAGCAUCGGCGCAGCGGAGGAAGAAAGUAAACCGGAUAAGGAAUACAAGAUUCUGCGGGAAAACACGCUGGGUUUCGUUGCGUCCUCUGACUUUGGGGCGGCGGGGUCCAUCGAGUUUCCCAUUUUCCCCGGAGCGGCGUACGUCAGCGCGGUGUACAAGGGGAAAAAUCUCA